UGUAAAUGUAUUGUCCUUAAUGUGAUUUCGGGCGGAGGAUGAGGACCAUUUUGAUCACCCUGACCGAAAUAAUGUCUUCUCUUGCCGGUAGACUAUUUAUUCUCCCAUUCGCCCUUCUUGCUUUCAACAUUAACAUUUCCUCUUCCCCUCCUUUCCGUCCCCCGUCAUGAGUAUUUCGGGCCUCCGCCUGGAAACUAAUGUUCCUCAGGAUGAGCCCAAUCACGAUGAGGCUCAAGAUCCCAUUCCCUCAUCUCCCUCACGCGUUCCAGUCAGCUUUUUUGACCCAGUUGGUGUUAGCGAACUCAAACGCACAAUGACAACACGUUCCACUCGUUCUCAAGUUAAUCGUCGGGAAAGUUCUCGUCGUGCAAGUUCCCAAAAGGCUGUUAUGCCUGAUUCACCCAAGGAGGUCCACACCCCCAGCUCGUCUUCUGUAACUUCCGGUCGCGGUGCUGAUGAAGAUGGCUUCGAUUUCGAACUCACCCUCAAAGACCUUGUCAGACGGCGUGGCGAGGAGUCAAUCAAGAGCCGUGAGCUCGGCGUUAUGUUCAAGGAUCUCCGUGUCAUCGGUGUCGGUGCACGCUCCUCUUUGCAGCCUACCAUCGGUUCCAUGUUUAAUCCUGCUGCUAUCUUGAGAAACAUUUCUGCGAUGCGCAAUCCGCCUGUCAGGGAUAUUCUCUCAGGAUUCGAGGGUGUCGUCGCGCCCGGUGAAAUGCUCCUGGUUCUCGGGCGGCCUGGUUCCGGUUGCAGCACGUUCCUAAAGACUAUCGCAAAUCAACGCGGUGAAUACCAUGCUGUGCAGGGCGAAGUUUGCUACGAUUCAUUUACACCCGAGGACAUCGCAAGGCAGUAUCGUGGAGAUGUGAUCUACUGUCCCGAGGAUGAUGUUCACUUCCCGACCCUGACUGUUGAGCAAACCUUGUCUUUCGCCAUCAAAACGCGUACUCCACAUGCACGGUUCACCGAUCAAUCCCGUGAACAGUAUAAUCGUGAUGUGGUUGAUAUCCUCGUUCGCAUCUUCGGUCUUCGUCAUGCCCGAAACACUGUUGUUGGCGACGCUGCUAUUCGUGGCGUUUCAGGGGGAGAAAAGAAGCGUGUCUCGAUCGCAGAGGCCCUUUCUUGCCGUGCUCUCAUUGGCGCAUGGGACAACUCUACUCGUGGUCUCGACGCGUCCACCGCACUCGAAUUCGUUCAGGCGUUACGCAUCGGCACUGAUAUAGGUCGUCUUACCACUAUCGUGUCUAUUUACCAAGCAGGAGAACAACUGUACAACCUCUUCGACAAAGUAUGCGUGAUUUCAGAGGGCAGAAUGGUGUUCUUUGGCCCGGCUAAGGACGCACGUCGGUAUUUCAUUGAUAUGGGAUACGAGCCGCAAGACAGGCAGACCACUGCUGACUUCCUUGUGUCCGUUACCAACCCAAGCGGGCGUUGUAUUCGUGACGGUUUCGAGGGCAAAGUUCCCGGAACGGCGGAAGAGAUGGCCGCUGCGUUCCUAGCUUCUUCCCUUGGUCAGGCAAACCGUGACUCCAUUGAGAACUACCGCUCUCACUAUGUUGGGAAUCCCGAGCGCAUGGAUGCAUACAGGCAGAGUGUCGGAAUGGAGCACGCCGACACGGCCCCAAAGAGCAACUCGUACACUAUCUCUAUUGCUAUGCAGAUGAGAGCCGUCAUGGUGCGCCGUGUGCAGAUCAUCAAAGGAGAUUGGGGCACUGUAGCCGUCAACCUUGUUGUCCAGAUCUUUCAGUCUAUCAUCAUGGGCACCGUGUUCUUGAAGCUACCUGAUGCAACCUCUGGUUUCUUUUCUCGUGGUGGUGUUCUGUUCUUCGCCCUCUUCUUCGGUGCUUUAUCUUCCAUGGCAGAGAUUCCGGCUCUUUUCGCUCAACGCCCAAUUGUGCUCCGGCACCACAAGGCAGCGAUGUACUACCCGUUCAUCGAAAGUUUCGCGCACACAAUGGUCGAUAUUCCAUUCACGUUUGUUAUCCAGGCUGUGUUCUCAGUUAUUCUAUAUCUCCUGGUCGACCUCCAGAGAACGUCAUCUCAGUUCUUCAUAUUCUUCCUAUUCGUUUUUGCUAUGACUAUAACUAUGAAGGCCUUCUUUAGAAUGGUUGCCGCGUGCUUUAAGACCGAAUCUGCGGCUACGUCUCUUGCUGGUGUCGUCGUCGUCGUUGUGGCGCUCUUCACUGGUUAUACCAUUCCCAAGCCAAAUAUUCCUGGUGCUCUCCGCUGGAUCAUGUAUAUCAAUCCUGUGCGCUAUGGUUUCGAGGCUCUGCUAAUGAAUGAGUUCCAUACUCUGAGUGGCACCUGCUCUACGCUCGUCCCUUCAGGUCCUGCAUAUCCAAAUAUAUCGUUGACUAACCAGGUGUGCGCUGUGGUCGGUGCUCAGCCUGGUCAGAACUUUGUCAAUGGCAACCUCUUCGCGGAAUUGUCCUAUACCUACUAUUACAGCAAUCUUUGGAGGAACUUCGGUAUCGUCUGUGUCUUCUGUGUCGGCUUCCUCGCUAUUCUGUUCACUGCAACCGAAUUCAACACCGCUACUGCAUUUGACACUGCUGUAACGCUUUUCAAGCAGGGUUCGCGCGCUGCUAUGGUUGUCGAUGAGUCCAAGGACGAGGAAAAGGGUGCUCACCCUGAGCCUGCUGGACCUGCGAACACGGAUGCCAGCCCUGCAGACCUCGAGAAGCCCUCGGCAACAGACAUAUUUACUUGGAGGCAUUUGGAAUACACGGUUCCCAUCUCUGGAGGACAGUAUCGUCGUCUCUUGGACGAUGUUUCUGGUUUUGUCGCCCCUGGAAAGCUGACGGCCCUCAUGGGUGAAUCGGGCGCUGGAAAGACUACACUCCUUAACGUCUUGGCGCAGCGUGUUGAUGUCGGUGUUGUGACUGGUGACCGUUUGGUCAGUGGUCAACCACUCCCUGCGGACUUCCAGGCACAGACUGGCUACUGCCAGCAGAUGGACACGCAUCUCCCUCAAGCUACCGUUCGAGAGGCUCUGCUGUUUUCUGCGCACCUUCGCCAGCCCCAGACUGUUCCUAUGGCCGAACUAGAAGAAUACGUCGACAAGUGUCUUGUCAUGUGCGGCCUCGAGGAUUAUGCUGACGCCGUCGUCGGGUCUUUGGGCGUCGAGCACCGUAAACGCACGACCAUUGGCGUUGAACUCGCUGCUAAGCCCAAGCUUCUCUUGUUCUUGGACGAGCCUACUUCUGGUCUUGAUUCUCAGUCCGCCUGGGCCAUCAUGAAGUUCCUUCGCGAGCUUGCUAACAACGGCCAGGCAAUCCUUUGCACCAUUCAUCAACCUUCUGGAGAGUUGUUCCAGGUUUUCGACCGUCUCUUGCUUCUCAAGAAGGGUGGCCAGACUGUGUACUUCGGUAAAAUCGGUGAAGGGUCUUCUACCAUGCUGGAGUAUUUCGACCGCAAUGGUGCCCCUCGAUGCGACCCUGACGCUAACCCGGCGGAGUACAUGCUUGAUGUCAUCGGCGCAGGUGCAACUGCAUCGUCCUCGGUUGACUGGCACACCAUCUGGAAGAAUUCGCCUGAGGCUGCUGCACUCCAAGAGGAGAUCGAGAACUUCCACAAUGAAGGCCUCGCUCGCCCCGUCAUACAAGCAGAACAACCCACGGAGUUCGUGACGUCGUGGAGUCACCAGCUUAUGGCCCUCACACAGCGUAACUUCCAGGCCUACUGGCGGAACCCAACCUACCUCAUGGCCAAGUUCGCACUUUGCAUUGCCGGCGGCUUGCUCAUUGGCUUUACGUUCUACCAGACCAGCGAUUCGCUUCAGGGUACCCAGAACAAGCUUUUUGCGAUCUUUUUGGCAUCGGUGCUUUGUGUCCCCCUCUCACAGCAGCUUCAAACGAUGUUCAUCGACAUUCGGUCAAUAUAUGAAAUCCGUGAGCGUCCAAGCAGGAUGUACAACUGGACUGCUCUCGUUGUCAGCCAAAUUCUGGUGGAGCUACCAUGGAACAUCAUGUGCUCAUCGCUUUUCUUCUUCUGCUGGUACUGGACUGUCGGGUUCCCCACCGAUCGCGCGGGAUACACAUACCUCAUGUACGGCGUUGUCUUCCCCAUGUACUAUACGACUGUCGCGCAGGCGGUCGCUUCAAUGGCUCCAACCGCUGUGAUCGCCUCACUGCUGUUCAGUGCGCUGUUUUCGUUUGUCGUUAUCUUCAACGGUGUCAUGCAACCGUACCGUGCGCUUGGUUGGUGGCAGUGGAUGUACCGAGUCUCCCCGUUCACCUACUUUAUCGAGGGUCUGCUUGGUCAAGCUAUUGGCGGUAAUAACAUCAACUGUGCUCCGCAUGAAUUCGUCCCCGUUAUCCCUCCAAGUGGAUCCACUUGCAGCCAAUACUUGGAUCCAUUCAUGUCAUAUGCUGGCGGUUACCUCGCCGAUCCCAGUGCCACGUCCACAUGUUUCUUCUGCCCUUACCGCACAACAGACGAGUAUAUGUUCUCCGCGUUCAACAUCAAGGCCUCUCACGACUGGCGUGACUUGGGCAUCAUGAUGGGUAUCACUGCCUUUAACGUUUUUGCAAUUUUCACACUCACAUACAUCUGCCGCAUCCGUAAGGGCAACCCCCUAGCUGGUCUACAGCAGAAGUUUGCUAGUCUCCGGAAGUAAUUCAUCAUGCUCAUUCGAACCUAAUGACUUCACACACCCUCAUUCGCAUAUAUACCUACUCCGUUCGUUUCUCAUUAUAUCCGAUAAUUUUUGUAAUUGAUACCUUGUCUGCUUCAUUCCGUGAUCCUUUGCGUUUUCAUUCACAGUAGGGUAACUUAUGAAAUGAAAUGGAUUGACUGAACUACCA